CAUGAGCAGUCCAGUUCGUCUGUGUCAAGCCUUGGACUGGCAUCCGGAUGCCGUUUGGUCUCUCUGUGUCUGUCAUGAGCACGUCUCUUUGAUCCGCUGCAGGAGCAUCGAUCACCUCCAUCUCUAGGGUACGAUACGUACCUUCGGAUUCCGCUCUCUUCCUUGAAGCUUGGGUUGUUCUCCUCCAUUUAUUCCGUGCUCUAGUGCGAAUUUCACUCGCCAGUGACAGAAUUUCGACAUUUGAGAAGGUUGAGAUUAGAUAAGAGACUGCCAUGACGACGCUGCACUUCGAUGAAAACACUCCUGGGACGUUACCAACGAUGGAGCACAACGAGCAAGAACAUCGGGAUGUACUCAAGGACAAGAUGACGAGAGACGACAUGAAUGCGGUUGGGGGAGCACCUGACAGCGAGUACCCCCAGGACGGCACUGUUGAUCUGCGGGGGAAUCCUGUCCUAAAGGCCAACACUGGAGGGUGGAAAGCUUGUCCUUACAUCCUCGGUAACGAGUGUUGUGAACGUCUGGCUUAUUACGGAAUUGCAACCAACCUCGUUACCUAUUUGUCGCAUGAGCUUCAUCAAAAUCCCUCCACAGCGGCCAACAAUGUUACAAACUGGAGUGGAACCUGCUACAUUACUACCCUCAUCGGCGCAUUUUUGGCAGACGCAUACUUAGGACGGUUCUGGACGAUUGUGGUGUUCUCAAUCAUCUACUUCUUGGGUAUGGUGCUACUGACACUGUCUGCAGCACUUCCUUCCUUGAAACCUCCAUCAGGAGAGGGCGUUGUGGCAAGCUCAACACAACUGGCUGUAUUUUACCUUGCGCUUUACCUCAUUGCACUCGGCACGGGCGGAAUUAAGCCAUGUGUGUCGUCAUUCGGAGCUGAUCAGUUCGACGAAAACGACGUUAAGGAAAAGAAGAGGAAGUCGUCCUUCUUCAACUGGUUCUAUUUCACCAUCAACAUUGGUGCGCUGAUUGCGUCCUCUGCGUUGGUGUACAUCCAAGAAAAUGUGGGCUGGGGAUGGGGGUUCGGCAUCCCCGCUGUAGCCAUGGGAAUUGCUAUUGUCAGCUUCUUAAUUGGAAGCCCACUCUACCGGCACCAGAAGCCAGGCGGCAGCCCCAUCACGCGGAUAGCGCAAGUGCUGGUUGCUGCUACACGCAAGCUCAGCAUGAAGGUACAGCCCAACGGGAAGCAUCUCUAUGAGGCAGACGACAAGGAAUCCGGUAUUGAAGGCAGCCGCAAGCUCGAACACACAGAAGAAUUCCGCUUCCUUGACAAGGCGGCUAUUCCCAGGGGAGACGAGGAGCUGCAGGGGACGAGGCCAAGCGGCUGGCGAUUGACAUCCGUGACGCAAGUUGAAGAGGUUAAGAUCGUCAUGCGCUUGCUGCCAAUCUGGGCGAGUGGCAUUGUCUUCGCCACAGUGUACUCCCAGAUGUCCACUAUGUUCGUUCAACAAGGUGCCCUCAUGAAUGUAAGCAUGGGGAAAGCAAAUAUCCCUUCAGCCUCUCUCUCUAUCUUCGACACCAUCAGUGUCAUAGUGUGUGUAGUAAUCUAUGACCGCUUCUUGGUGCCAGUGGUGCGCAAACGCACUGGCCAUGUCCGGGGGUUCACGCAGCUCCAGCGUAUGGGGAUUGGCCUCUUCAUCUCAGUGCUCGCCAUGGUGGUGGCUGCUAUUGUGGAGAUAGAGCGUCUAAAACUCGCAAGGCGUGACGGAGUGGCUGGAAACCCACAGGACGAGGCAUUGCCCGUGGAAAGCCUCACCAUUUUCGUCCAGAUCCCUCAAUACUUCCUCAUCGGGGCCGCCGAGGUUUUCACCUUCGUGGGUCAGCUGGAGUUUUUCUACGACCAAGCUCCAGAUGCCAUGCGGAGCUUGAUGAGCGCUCUGUCGCUCACCACAGUGGCGCUAGGGAAUUACUUGAGCAGUGUGCUCGUCACCAUAGUCACGGAGGUUACGACCAAGGGUGGAAAGCCUGGGUGGAUCCCCAACAACCUCAACCGGGGACAUCUGGACUAUUUCUUCUGGAUGUUGGCCAUUCUGAGCAUCCUCAACAUCAUAUUCUACCUAGUGGUUGCUAAAUUCUACACCUACAAGAGGGUGCACAAUGCUGCAGAUGUGGGGGAAGAUGGAAAGCCUUCGAAGAGUGGCUACGAAUAAGGUAAUCGAGCUCUAUGUUGCAAGGAAUUCUCGAAGCUCAACAUUUUUCAUACUGGGAUUUGAUGAGGGUGAUGUCAUCGUCAAAUUGCUUCCCAUACUUUUAUCACAUUUGCAGCUAACCUGAAAUCAAUUAUCCUGUAAAAUUAGCGUUUAAAAUUGCCUUCGGAAGCGAGAGGACUGCAAUCUUGGUAGAUUUAUCGUGGUGAGCCUGCGUGCUCUCCACUUGCUGAAUGCUCACUGAGGUAGUAUACACAUUAAUUGGCCGCUUGUAUACCAAAAGAUUCUCGCGUAACGCCAUUAAUAUCACUAUCUGAAGUAAACCAUAGAUGUAUUUUUUUCA